AUGAAACAUCCCAUGUGAUUCACGGGCGAGAGAGGACAAAAGAAAGGUGUAUAAAAGAGAUUUUUGGAUGACCUGUUUUCUCUGCCGAUAAUCACAACCAUGGCAACCAUCUCUCUUUGGCUGUUGAGAAGAUGCAGGGCAAGCGGAGUCUUGACAUACAAGACCAACAAUGUUCGCCGAUGCAGCCAGUUCUCAUCUUCAUACCAACUCUCGACAGCAACUGUGGGAGAGAAGCAAGCAUUUGAUGUAGACCAAGCUGCUUCUCUAGUUAAGGACCUUCGAAACAACUUCCAUUCAGGAAAGACGAAGAGCUAUGAAUGGAGAGUUGUGCAACUGCAGAGAAUCAUGAGGAUGCUCGAAGAAAACCAAAAGAAGAUUGUAGAAGCUCUUUAUAAGGACCUUGCGAAACCAGAACCCGAAUCUUUUUUUUGGGAGAUUUCUAUAACAAAUGCCUCCUGUAAGUUGAUUCUUGAACAAUUGAAAGGUUGGAUGAUGCCAGAAAAGGUUCAAACUAAUUCAGCAACUAUGUCUCUAUCAUCAGCAGAAAUUGUAUCAGAACCUCUAGGAGUUGUCUUGGUCAUCUCACCCUGGAACUUUCCACUUUUGCUGUCUCUUGAUCCAGUCAUUGGAGCCAUUGCAGCUGGUAACACUGUGGUCGUUAAGCCCUCGGAAAUUUCUUCAGCAACGUCAUCAGUUCUUUCAAAUUUAUUAGAGGAAUAUGUCGACAAUUCUGCCAUUAGAGUUGUUGAGGGUUCUGUAGCUGAGACAUCUGCAUUAUUAGAGCAAAAAUGGGAUAAAAUCUUCUUUACAGGUGGGGAAAGAGUUGGACGCAUUGUAAUGGCUGCAGCCGCAAAGCACCUCACACCAGUUGUACUGGAACUUGGAGGAAAGUGCCCAGCUAUUGUUGAUUCAAACGUUGAUUUACAAGUUGCUGCCCGGAGGAUUACAGCAGGCAAGUGGGCAUGCAAUAAUGGACAAAUUUGUAUCGGAGUGGACUAUAUAAUAACAACAAAAGAGUUUGCACCUAAGUUGAUAGAGGCACUAAGAAAUGAAUUGGAGGCAUGCUUUGGAAAAGAUCCAAUGGAAUCAAAAGAUCGAUCCCGCAUUGUGAACUCUUCACACUUUAAACGUCUAGCAAACCUCAUGGAUGAAGAUAAGGUCUCUGAUAAAAUUGUCCUGGGAGGCCAGAGGGAUGAAAGCCAACUACAAAUUGCCCCAACCAUAUUGUUAAAUGUCCCAGAAGACUCACUUAUUAUGCAAGAGGAAAUAUUUGGGCCAUUACUUCCCAUACUAACUGUUGAAAACUUGGAAGAUAGCAUUGAAGUGAUAAACAGAAAGCCAAAACCUCUUGCAGCAUAUCUCUUCAGUGAUGAUGAGCAGCUAAAAACGAAGUUUGUGCAAAAUGUAUCUGCUGGGGGGAUGACCAUCAAUGACACCCGCAGACAUGUAUUUGUCUCUGGUUUACCUUUCGGUGGAGUUGGGAAGAGUGGAAUGGGCUCAUACCACGGAAAGUUCUCUUUUGAUAUUUUUUGCCACAAAAAGGCAGUUUUAUACAGAAGCUUUGCUGGAGAUGAUAAGAUGAGCUACCCACCAUACCAUACCUAUAAAGGAUGAAGACAGUACUCAUCGGUAAAAGGGUAAAAAAAUAGAAUAAAUAGAAAUAAGAGACAUGCUUCUGAAUUGUUCUCACCCCUCUAAAUGUUGUAAUUUUUAUUUUGAGUAUAACCUAUUUCUGCAUGAUCUUUGCAUUGGCUUGGAUGAUAGCAAGAUUGAUAUGUGAUGAAUUUGGUGAUGUAGUAACAACCAAAAUGAAUAAAAUCAAUGAUGUGUU